UCUCUCUUUUGAGUUUUUCCCUUUCUUCCAUUCAUCAAACAAUCAAUCAAACAUCCAUGAGCCGAUGAAACUGAAACAUGAAGAUUCAUCAUCACCACCACACAUCAAAUUCAAAUUCAAAUACCAAUUCCAAAUGUCAAGGCAACAAUGCAAUAGCAGCAUUUUUGGCCUCUCCUUUUCCUUCAUAUUCUCCCUAUGGUGCCUUCUCUUCUUCUACAUCAAGCUUCGCCUCGUUCAUGGCACAGGAGGUCGAGCAAUGUUAGAGUUCAAUGAAUCAGGUAGCUCCGUCAGUCUUAGUCAGAAACUAGCGAAACCCUCCUACUCGCUUCCUGAAACAACUAGUUUAGAACAAGUUUUUUGGCACGUUUUAGGUAAUGGUAGUAAUUUGGUGUGCAAACUACAACCUCCACCAGAGGAAAACAAACACAAACAAAUUCCUGAUGGGAAACUUCACCCUAAUUAUGAUGAAUUACAUAACAUGGCAGCAACUCAAGAAAAAACCAGGGGCAUGGACUCUGCGCUUGUUAAUGUAACUCACAGGCUUGAAUCUGAUGGUUCUGUGUACAACUACGCCUCUGAGUCCAAGGGUGCAAAGGUAGUGGCCCAUAAUAAGGAAGCCAAGGGUGCAAAAAAUAUACUCGGGAAGGACCAUGACAAGUACCUGAGAAACCCUUGUUCUGUUGAAGGAAAAUUUGUUGUUAUUGAACUUUCAGAAGAGACCCUGGUUGAUUCUGUGAAAAUUGCAAACUUCGAGCAUUAUUCUUCUAACUUUAAGGAAUUUGAUUUGGCUGGUAGUUUGAGCUAUCCAACUGAAGAAUGGAGCAUGCUGGGAAAUUUUAUUGCUGCCAAUGUCAAGCAUGCACAGAUCUUUAAGCUACCUGAACCCAAAUGGGCAAGGUAUUUAAAGUUGAGUUUGCUUAGUCAUUAUGGAUCUGAAUUUUACUGCACAUUGAGUGUCGUAGAAGUCUAUGGGAUCAAUGCAAUAGAGAGGAUGCUUAAGGAUUUGAUUGUUGCAUCUGUGGGAUCCAUUCCUGAUAAGUUGCUUGUGCAUAAUAUCAGUGACACCCCUUCUUUGAAAUCAGAAGAUGGUCAAAUCGACAAGGAUGGAAAAAAAGUUGAUACUAAGAAUGAUAUAGUGGCUUCCAAUAUAUCGAGCAAUGAUACCACUCGAGAGUUUGACGCAGAAGUAACAAAAACCACAACGACUGUGAACUUGAUUCCCGAUCCUGUAAUUGAUCUUAGACAACAACUAAGUGGUAGGAUAGCUGGUGACACUAUUCUGAAGAUUUUGAUGCAGAAAGUGAGAUCAGUGGAGGUAAACUUAUCUGCCUUGGAGGAUUACAUCAAAGAAUUGAACAAGAAACAAGCUGCCAAAAUACCAGAUCUUGAGAAAGAAUUGUCCAGAUUAUCAGAAAGCAUUGGACAAAGCAAGUCAGAGGUCAAAAAUCUCUGGCAGUGGAACACAAAUUUGGAAAAGGGAAUAUCUGAGGUUGAGUCUUGGAAAGAAGCUAUCUCAUCUCAACUUAAUGAAUUAGCCAGAGAAAAUAGCAUGCUAAGAUCAGAUGUUCGAAAGGUUGCUAAUAAUCAAGUAAAUAUGGAAACCAAAGAACUUGCUGUGUUAGCAACGAGUCUUGUUUUUGUAUGCCUUGCAGUUGUCAAGAUAAUUUCAGUACACAUGUUGACGUUUUCUGCAUCAUACAAUGCAGAUAAGGUGCGCCAGACAAUUAGAGGAUGGGUUACAUUAUUUGUAUGCUGUAGCAUAACAAUAAUCCUCAUCUUGUUUUAUAGCUAGGCAUUUGCUUGUAUUGUAGAGA